AUGGAACAUUGGCAAGUGACUAUGCAUUACUUAUAUAAAGGAAUGCUCGAAAGAGUUUUCUAUUUUUACAUGCGAGAAGAUUAUUUUCCACUCAAUCAAGAAACAUUACUCCGUUUCGUGCAGAUAAUGCUAACCCAAAAAAUUCUAAAAUCAUCUGUGCCGCAUCCAAAAAACACUUAUCCGCACAGGUUGAAAAUAACCACCUAUUCCAAAAGUGAUAAUGCGUACAUGAGUCUAGAGUGCAUUUGGGAUCCAUGCUACCUAGGGAAGCCUAAAAGGCUUAAAAUAAGGUUAAUGCGCCUAAAAGUCGAAUCAGUUAGUGUACCACUGAAUGUUCCCAGAUCAUGUGGAAUAAGAUACAUUACAUAUUUUUUUAUUUUAUAG